CAUCAGUGCAAGUUGGUUAUCUAUGGCAAGUUGGCUGAAAUUAUAAUGUAAAUAAAGAGAAAACAACUAUAAAAGCGUGAUUUUAUAGUAUUAUGUUACCAACAUUAACGACUUACGACCGAUUAGAUGGCCCAAAACCUCUAUUCUGCAUUCCAUUUGGCAAAGUUGCAAUUGGAGUUGUGAGUCUACCACUAGGCAGUUUUAUAUUUUGUGUAGUUUGGUCGCUAUUCUUCGAAUUUGAACGUUCCACUUCAACGCACUGUGAUGUACCCAAUUAUCUGCCCUCCAUAUCAGCGGCUAUAGGAAAUUAUGAGCCACAAAAAACUGUUUGGCGUUUGGCGAUUACCUUGCAACUGCCUGCUCGACUUGCUGUUUCUAAAAUAUACUUGCAGUAUUAUAAAGACACAAUACGAAGGAAUCGUCGUAUAUAUGCUGCUAUUGCUUGCUUGCUAAGUAUGGUUGAAAAUUUUGCGCUGCUAAGUCUAUCAUUAUGGACCUCUUUAGAUAAUUACCCGAUUCAUAGAAACUCCUUCAUUGUAUUUAUUGCCUGCAGUGAGAUUUAUAUGCUUAUUUCUUACAUCCUCAACAAAAAUGGCCGUAGAUUACCGCUCUUGCCGAUAGAAGAAAAAUCAUUGUUAUACAAACGAAAUUUGUUUAUAACAAAUGUUACUGCAUUUAUUUUGGCGGGCUAUUGCUUCCUGCGGCAUAAUUCCUUAUGCGAGCCGGGUGUCUACACAUUAUUUGCACUUUUCGAGUAUGUUGUCGUGCUGACGAAUAUGGCUUACCACAUGACUGCUUACUGGGAUUUUCAUGCAAUGCAUGUCAGCUUUGAUUGGGAGCGGGGACUUUAUUUAUCACAAUUUUAAUUAAAUUGAGGAAAUUGUUUUAUUUAUUUUUUUAUUGUAGCAUCGAAGUGUUAGUAUGUACAUAUAUAUAUGUAUUUAAUUUUAAGUCGAAACAUUACUUAACUUUACAAAUGAAAAACUUAUUUUUUACGUAAACGUUCGCAGGAAAUUAUGAAGUAAGAAACCAUUUAUGUGCACGCUCAAAGUUCUGCACACUAUGCUAUGUACUAUAUAUAUUUUGCUCAAAAGACGAAAGGUACUAUGUAAGUAGUUAGCAGAAAGCAAUAAACCAAGCUGAGAUAUAAUA